ACCAUCUUUGACCAUUAAGCGGCUUGCAGACUUUGGUCUGCAAAAGCAUCUGGAAUCUACGAAUGCCAUGGAUUCGUUUUAACAGACACUUUCACGAAGUUAUGUACUUUAAAACUUUCGAGAAAGACACCUCUGAUGUGAUGUAACGCUGAACGAGGAAACCGCCAGAGCCACAGUUGCUAGCUACAUUAGCCGUGUUGUGGUUGAGCUAGCCUGGAAAACUAGCAGCUACUUAUUAGCUAUAUUUUUUUCGUAUACCGAGAAGCAAAACACUCAACAUGAUGUCACGAGGUCCUCCACGGGGGCCACCUUAUGAUCCCCGUUACGGUCCCCAUCCAGACGACUAUCCCCCACCAUGGAUGGAGCCACCUUUCCACGACGGCCCGCCCGACCCACAUUACAUGCGUGGUGGUCCGUGGGGGCCUAUGGACCGACCACCACAUCCCUAUGGACCUGAGCCUUGGCCUAUGCACCCAGAUAUGGAUCCGAGGGGACCCUACGGCCCUUAUGAUGACCCAUACGGACCACGCGGACCUCCUCGCCACCCCUACGAUAUGGAUGCCCCACCUUAUCCCGGUAGGCAUUACCCUCCGGAGUAUGACCGGCCUCCCUUACCCCAUGACUAUCCUCCCCUGGAUGAAUACGGUCGUCCUCGUCCUCCCAUGGACGAAUACGGCCCUCCUCCUAUGGAUCCUCAUUACGGGCACCCACCGGGUAGACACCUACCCCCUCCGCCUGAGUAUGACACCGGCAUGCCCCUUCCACCGGGGAUUCCCCCACCGGUGAUGCCCCCCGAGUUCCCUCCACCGGUAAUGCCCCCCGAGUUCCCUCCACCGGUGAUGCCACCCCCGGUGAUGCCACCCACAGUCAUGCCACCUACAGUCAUGCCACCCCCAGUGAUUCCACCCCCAGUGUUGCCACCCACAGUGGUACCACCCACGAUAGACACCAGCGUGCCGCCACCCCCCAUCCACGACUACGGUCACCCGCCCCCCUACGUGCCCCUGGACCCCCACUAUUACCGACCUCUGGACCCGUACUACGGACACAUGCCUCCGCCUCCCUUGCCUGAUGUCAAAGGCCUCAACGUCAAAGAGGUCUUGAAGGAGAGAGACAAGCUGGUGAAGCAGAGAGAGAUACAUCGACAGAAGGAGAUUGCUGUCACCAAAGAGGUCAACUCACAACGCCAACAGCUUGCUGUCCUGCUGAAGAAGGAAAAGAAGCGUCUGAAGAAGAUGAAGAAAGCAGAGGAGAAGGAGAACAAGGAAGGAGAGGAGGAGGCAAAGAAAGAGGAGGAUGGUGGAGAGGAGAAGAAAGAGGGAGAGGGAGAGGAGAAGAAAGAGGGAGAGGGAGAGGAGAAGAAAGAGGGAGAGGAGGCGGAGAAGAAAGAGGGUGGCGAGGAGGUUCCGUUCAACCCUCUGGUGACGGCCAUGCGCAUCCGCAUGGAGAUGUCCGAGACGCGGCUGACCAUCGUGCAGAACCAGAUGGCGGCGGUGGCCAAGCGCCUGGCCGAGCUGAACGAGGUGGGCCUGACCCUGGGCAUCACCCCGCUGCCUGCGCCCCCGAGUGCCGCCGCCCUCUACCUGGCAGACCAGCCGCUGGACAUGAAGAAGAAGAAGGUCAAGAAGAUCAAGAAAGAGAAGAAAGAGAAACCGACGCCGCCAGCGGUGACAUCGUCGUCAGGGUCCGUCACCACAGCGACCGCCUCUGAUGCCACGGCAACCAAGGCCGCCACCUCGGCAACCAGCUCAGUCACGGACGCCUCCACGCCGGCAACCACCAGCGGAGUCGCCGUCUCCGAUGAGACGUCCAGGGAUGCAAAUGCCUCAACGGAUGCCUCUGCCAUGGACACUGGCACAGCAACUGACUCUGCCAUGGAGACCACGGAAACAAUCACAGCAACCGACACGACGGCUGACUCUGCCAAGGACACCACGACCUCCCCAUCUGAGGCCACCACGGAUUCCACUCAAACAGCAGCACCCUCCGACUCUGCCACGGAGGUUACUACAGCAACCGCACCAACCGACUCUUCCAUGGAGACCAGCGCGGAAACAGCCAUUUCAGAGGCCAGCACCCCCGUCAUCAAGGAGGCAGAGAAGGCAGACGACGGUGUGGAGAUGGAGAUAAGCAACAGCCCUGAAGACAGCCAGAUGGACAUCACUGCUGCACCAGCAGUAGACGACGGCACUGCACCCCAAGACCAGACUGCUGCUGCUGCUGACACCUCAGAUGCUGCUGCAGCUGACACCCAGGACAAGCCCACGACAGAGUCCGAAGAGAAGACGGCAGCGUCCCAAGAGAAGACGGCAGAGUCUGAAGAGAAGACGGCAGAGUCUGAAGAGAAGACGGCAGCGUCCCAAGAGAAGACGGCAGCGUCCCAAGAGAAGACGGCAGCGUCCCAAGAGAAGACGGCAGCGUCCGAAGAGAAGACGGCAGAGUCCCAAGAGAAGACGGCAGAGUCUGAAGAGAAGGCAGCAGCGUCCCAAGAGAAGGCAUCAGAGUCCCAAGAGAAGGCAGCAGAGUCCCAGGGCAAGGCGGCAGCUGACCAGGCUGCUGGUGCUGGAGCGCAGAAGAAGCCCACUGACCCCCUGAAGCCAGCAGCCGCAGUUGCAAAGCCAGCAGCAGCAGCAAAACCAGCAGCAACAGCAAAGAAGACCACAAUGAACCGCUUCAUGCUACCCAAGAGGCCCAGACCUGCCCCCAUAUUUCCUUCCAAACCUCACGCCGGACGUCAGUCAGGGCUCAUCACAACUACUGGGGAGAAGGAAGAUGUGGGCAUUAUUGAGCGCGACGAGGACAAGGAGCAGUACAAAUUCAAACUCAGCUCUUUUGUGGGCGUGUGCGGCAACCUGAUCCCUGGAGUCCGAGUGCAUUUUACCAUCUACAAGGAAGAGGGUGAGGAGGAGUGUGCGACGGACGUGAGCGUACCAGCCGGAGGAACAGAACAGCUGCACCACGAGGAGUUUGUGGGCGUCGUCACCAAGAGCAUCAAGAACGCACCGCUGAAGAACAAGAACAAGCAACUGCGACUGGAGACCUCCAUCUGUGGCGUUCCCAUGGACCUGCCUUUUGGCGAGGGCGACUGCUCUGUUACCCUGGUAACCGGCGACCUCGUGAAAUUCCAGGUGGUCACGAGCAUUGUCACCAAGACCAUGAGGGCCGUCAACGUACGGCCGCAGGUGCCCGACACCUUCCGCGUCACCAACGAGAAACGAGUCAUGGGCAUGAUUACCAACAUCGACCAUGACAUGUACGGCAUCGCGUCAGACGAGUACGACGAUGUCUAUCUGUUCACGGACAACAGCGAGAACCUGGUGACCACGGAGGAGUGGGCCGUGGGGGACCGCGUGGAGUUCACUAGGAUGAAGGUCUCAAAUGUUGACAUGGCUGUACGAGUGCGUAAACUACCUGAGGGCAUGGAGGCCUUUACUGAUUACAUGGACCCCCCAUCUGAGGAAGAGAGCGAUGAGGAGAGCUCUUCAGAGGAAGAGGAAGAGGAGGAGGAGGAAGAAGUGGUUGUGAAAAAGGAAGAACCACCGAAAGAAGAGGAAAAAAAGGAGGAAGAAAAGAAAGAGAUUGUUAUAAAGACGGAGCCGGUCUGGCAGCCCCUGCCUGAGCGCGAGCCUUCACCAGAACCCGAACCCGAGCCGGAGCCAGAGCUGCUGCCACACGAGGAAGUCAGCGAGGACAUGUACGAUGGAGUGGUGCUCAGGAUCCCCACACGCACACGCUUCUGUGGCAAGACUGGCAAGACACUGGUUCUGGACCUGGGCACGGUGAAGGCCACGGUCGAGGGCGAGACCAAGAAGCUGCCGUUCCGCAUGCUGGACGUGAUGACCAAGGCCACCAUGCUGGUGGGCGACAAGGUGCACCUGCACAUCGCCUACAACACCAAGACGCGCAUGGAGAGGGCCGUCAACGUCAUCUUCCGCACCGGCCCACUGCGCAUCAUCACCGAGCAGCGCAAAACCGGUGUGGUGAUUGAGAUGGGGGAUACUCACGGCUACAUUAAGUACCCUGAGGACCCCAAGGUGCUCUUCUCCCUGCGAGAGGUGGUGGACGAUGACCCACUGGCGGUGGACGACAAGGUGGAGUUCACCAUCAUGCCGAAAAUCGGAGCGAUGGGCAACAAGGCCAUCCGGGUGAAGAAGUUUGUGGACAAGGCAGUCCUCACACCUCCCAAAGUAGAGCCCCUGGUGGCGAAAAGUAAAUUAAAGAAAAAGAUGGCGAUCAAAAUCACAACUGAGGCCAAAGACCUGGGGAAGCUGCCUGAGGACAUCAAGCCUGAUCCUGACGAGGAGCCAAACACCAGUGACGUGUUGCCAGUGCGAGCCAAGCCCAAUCCUGUGAGCACCAAAAUGGGGAUGCUGAGGAAGGAGUUGAUCAAGAAGGAAUCUGAAGAGAGCAAGCGCUCCAGGAGUCGUGACCGGUCCAGCCGCAGCAGGAGUCGGAGUCGUAACCGUAGCCGCAGUCGCAGUCGCAGUCGUUCCCGCCGCCGAUCUACCAGCCUUUCAAAGGAUGUCAAAAGCGAGAAGAAGUAUGAUGUGUCAGGCAAGGGCCCCACGGCUGGGGUGAAGAGAGAGGAUAGGAGGAGUAAGGAGGGCUCAAGCAGGAGAAGCCGCAGCCGUAGCAGAGAGCGUUCCUACCGGCGACGCAGCAGGGAGAGGAGUCGAGACCGGCACAGGGAUCGCGACAGGGAACGAGAUCGCGACAGGGACCGAGAUCGCGACAGAGACAGAGAUCGCGACAGAGACAGGGAUCGUGACAGAGAUAGGGACAGAGACCGAGACAGAGACAAAGACGGAGAUCGAGAUAGGGACAGAGACCGAGACAGAGGUGGCUAUUAUGAUCGCGGCUAUGGUGAUCCCAUGCGCCCCGACAUGAGGUACUGGCACGACGGUAGGAGCAGAGAGGGCCCUCCCCAUCCAUACCCUCCUUACUACAGAGAGCCGCCUUACGGCCCCGACCGAUACGGCCCUCCUGGCCACGACCCAUAUGGCCCACCUGGCCACGACCCAUACGGCCCGCCUGGCCCCGACCCAUACGGCCCACCUGGCCCCUAUGCCCGCGAGGGGCCUCCCAAGCCCGUCAUCAUCGACUACGGGCACCCCAAGCAGCCUUACGUUGUGGACUACGGACACCCCAAGAAGCCGUACGUUGUUGAGUACGGGCACCCCAGCUCCAGUUCCACCGUGGUGGAGGACGAGCUGAUGAAGAAGCAGCGAGAGCUUGAGGAACUGGAUGCGCUGAUUGCUCGGAGGAAGGCCUUGAUCGGCGUAGAUGACGGGGAUGAGAAGCCGAAGGCACCUCCUCCACCCAGGGAGCCCAGGGAGCCCAAGGAGCGGCGCGGCUGGGGAUCGGAGCCACUAGCCUCAGACGAGGAGGAGACUUUGGACUGGCUGCCCCAGAAUGCGAGACGUCAGCAGCCGGCCAAACCGAUUAAGUCCAUUCUGAAGAAAACCAAAGACCCGAUCCCUGUGGCUUCCUCUCCACCUCAGACUAAAAAACCCGAUGAAUCAUCUUCGCAGUACUACUAUGACACCGCCUACCCAGGUGCUGCCGCCUCAAGCUAUCCCCCUCGUUCAGGCCAGACGCGUCCAUACCCGGAGGAGCGGCCCUACAAAGAGCCUGAUACCUACAGUCAAAGCUCUGCUGCACCUGCAUCCACAUCUGUGUCUGGUCAGUCUGGGGACCAUCGGUCCUCCACAUCUGCCUCUUCCGUUCCACGCAAGCCCCCUCCGCCUCCUCCUGGACUUCCGCCUUGUCUGCAGCAGAAGGCCAGCAGCAGCACUCUCCUGGCCACCCAGGCCCUGCUGAGCCAGCUGCAGGCGUCCGGGGCCCGCAGCGACAAGGUCUCCCAGAUGCAGCGCGUCCUGGGUCUCCUCAACAAGGGGGUGGACGUCAGCCAGCUCACCACGCUCAUCAAGGAGUCUAUGGGCAAGGGCACCACCGGGGCCAGCAGCAGCAGCUCUUCAUCAGCUGCCAAGGGCGAACGUUACGAUCCCUUCAAAGAGGACGAUGACCACGAGAGCAAGGACUCCAGGGAUGACCUGCUGCCGCACGAGAGGGCCAUGAAGGACGGAAGCGGCUUCUCCCGCAUCCUUGGCCUGGGCAACACGUCAAAGGAGAAGGAGAAGGAGAAGAAGAGGGAGAGGGAGAAAGAGAGAGAGAAGGAGAAGCGGAGUUUAGAUCGGGAUGAUGAUGAUGAUGAUGAGGAGGAGGAGGCUCGGCUCUACGGCAGCUCGGCAGCUGCAGGGUCAUCCUCCAGUCAACAUGGCCGCCGGACUGAACAACGGCAAAGCCCUGAGACCUCUGCACCACACCGCAAGGAACCAACGCCGGACGAGCCCAAGCCAUCCUCCUCGGGGAAAAAGGAGGACAAGGAGCUCUACAUGGACAAAGUCCAGAACCUUCUCAAGGCCAUCGGGUUGAACCUCCAUUCCUCCGACGUCACCCAGCUGACAGACAGGAUGAAGGAGAAGCUGUACGGCGGCAAGACCCGGGAGGCCUCAGUGGACUCCAAGGGUAGUGAGCGCUCGUCGAGUCGACAGCGCAGCCACACUCCGUCCGUAGGUGGUGAGGAUGAUCCCACGGGCUCUGCCUCCCCGGCCAAGAAGGCCCGCCGUGAGCACUACAGGAGCCACUCGAGCCAGUCGCGUCACAGCAGAGAGCACGAACCGCAAGAAGCAGACAAGGGGAGCUCUGCAGAUGGCAGAGAGUCUGCCGAGCGUAGCAAGCGUGCAUCAGAAUCACCCAGCCAGAAGUACGACCCCUACUCCUCCUACCCAGAGUACGCCAAACCACAGGCCGACCCUGCUCAGCCCUCUCCCCUGUCCACUGCUACCACAGCGUACCCCUACUCUGCCACGCACAGCAGCUACCCGUACCCUUAUCCAAGUGGCUCAUACUCUGCAUCUCAGUACCCUCAGGCUGCCUACGCGCAGUACGCCAACUACACCUCUGCUUCCUCCACUGCCUCGGCAAGGGCAUAUGACCCAUUCUCUUAUGCAUCUGCAGCCACCUAUACCCCCACCCCCAUCUCCGAACUCCAAGCCGCAGCGGUAGCCCCCUCCACCACCACCACCACCAACACCACCACCACCACCACCACCACCACACCACCCCCCUCCGCCACCUCCUCUUCCUCUUAUUCAGCGAGCAGCAGCCAACCCCUUACUGUGGGAAAUGGAAACCCCCACGCCCCCAUUCAGGCCUCUGGCAGCGCCUCCGUGACCUUGGAGAGCACCAACGUGACCUUGACCAAGCCAGAGGAGGUGAGCCAGGAGGACGAAAACGUCAAUCGAUGCCUCACUGUCAUUGAGCCUGUCACGGAUCUGGAGGUGGCCAAUACACCAGAGAUAUCUGUGCUGACUGAUGAUGACGUGAGAAAGAGACACAAAGAGAAGCUUGAUGAGUUCACCCUGCGGAUGCACGAGAAAGAGAGGAAGGUGCAGGUAGCCGCGAAGAACGCCAAGCGGACCGGGAAACCAGAACCUGCAGCGGCAGUUGUGAGCGGAGGGGAGCUGAAGAACGUGUGGAUCUUUGGCCACUCGCUGGUGGACUGGGCAGAGAAACGGGCAAAGUCGCCUGAGUUCGGCAUGGAGCUGGGCAUGGACCCCAAGUGCGUGAAGGUGUGGUGGAAGGGCGUGCAGGGCCUGACCUGGGACCAGCUGGUGCCGCAGGUGCACCAGCUGAAGCUCACCUGGCCGCGGCCCGAUCUCUUCAUCAUCCACCUUGGCGGCAACGACGUCACCAAGGGCAGCGUGCAGGAGCUGCUGUUGGCCUUCCGCAACGGCCUGGCCUCGGUGCACAGCAUCUUCCCCAAGUGCCGCCUGGUGUGGUCCAACAUCCUGCCGCGUCGCUUCUGGAAGGAUGGCAGCGGCGGCAUAAUUGAGGACGUGGACGGCUCCAUCAACCAGCUGUGCAGUGUGCUCAACCAGAAGGUGCACGCCAUGGUGGCCGAACUGGGCGGCACAGCCGUGGCCCACCACAAUAUCGGGCCCUCGCUCUACAGGCCCAAUGGCAUGCACCUGUCCAAGACCGGCAUUGACACCUUCCUCCUCAACCUCCAGGAGUUCCUGGAGAAAUGGGAGAAGGAGGCGAUCAAAGAGGCCAGCAAAUUGAAGACUUGAAUUCUUCCGAGAACAAAAUGAGAAACUAGUCAGAUUAUAUGACAGGUGGAGUUAGGAGUUGAUGCGAUUGACUGUAAUUGACACCUUCCUCCUCAACCUGCAGGAGGUUCGUUGAGGAGAAACGAGUCUGAUUAGAUUAGCCUGAUGGAGUUGGGAGUUAGAAAUAAUUGGAUUGUUUUUAGUAUUUUUCGGUUGCCAAGGCUUUUUUAAAUGUACUUGAAGCGCUGCAAAAAUGGUCUGUGAGGCAGAUUUGCUAUUGUGUGAAUAUGAAAACAAGAUCUAUUACAACUGGCAAUGUUUUGUUGAGUUUUUUUUUCGGUGUUUCAUUUGUCAUCCAUAGUAUUCACUUAAAACAAAUAAAACUAAAAAACAUA